AAAUAAUCACAGCGUCGGUGUAACCGCCUCCGCCGUAGGAAGGCAUCUGCGCUGUUGUGAUUUUAGCUGAAGGGAGAUGGCAGCCACGCAGAAACUGGCCUGUUUUCGGUUACCUCCUCUGCCUACCUUAAGGGAGAUCAUCAAACUGUUUAAUCUGAAAGCAGAGAAACAGCUUUCUCAGAACUUCCUCCUAGACAUGAGACUCACAGAUAAGAUUGUCCGGCAGGCGGGAAACCUGAAGAAUGCGCACGUGUGUGAGGUGGGACCCGGACCUGGGGGCCUCACCAGGUCUAUUCUGAAAGCUGGAGCAGCAGACUUAUUAGUGGUGGAGAAGGACACGCGCUUUAUUCCAGGAUUACAGCUCUUGUCUGAGGCUGCUCCUGGAAGAAUGAGGAUAGCACAUGGAGAUAUUCUCACAUACGGACUGGAAAGUGGGUUCCCAGCCCACCUAUCAAAGACAUGGGAAGAUGGUAAACAUUAUAAGUGAUCUCAAACACAGUUC